GAAAGUGACCGGAACAGCGCAGUAAACGGCUGUGAGGCGUCGCUAGCGACUGUCUGCGUUUAAUAAACGCACAAUCCAAUUUAGUACACUUUAUUAAGUGUCCCGGCUAGUGGUUGCGGAUGACAAACUUUUGAACAACAAGGUACUAUUUUAAAAUAGUGUCAUCAUGAUGUCAGCGCCUUUGUUUUUAUUAACGAGAAGGUAGCAAGAUCGCAGUAGCAAUCAUGACUAUACUUGCGGAUAGUUUGGGUGCCAGACAGCUCAUGGGAAGCGAUCGACCGGGUGCUGUAAUCCUAACAUGAUCUUACCUGUGGACUUUUAAACUGUUUCACGCGAUGGAAAUCGUCGGAAAAUUCGAGUUUAACAGGAAAGACUUGAUCGGACACGGCGCUUUCGCGGUGGUGUUCAGAGGAAGACAUACACAGAAACAUGAUUUUGAAGUCGCGGUGAAGUGCAUUAAUAAGAAAAAUCUUGCCAAAUCACAGUCGAUCUUAGGAAAGGAGAUCAAGAUAUUAAAGGAGCUGAAACACGACAACAUCGUCAGUUUACUGGACUUUCAGGAGAUUUCGGGAUGUGUCUAUCUUGUCAUGGAGUACUGCAAUGGAGGAGACCUAGCAGAGUAUUUACUCUCUAAAGGAUCUCUAAGUGAAGAUACGAUCCGUGUGUUAUUGUAUCAGAUUGCGGGAGCCAUGAGUGUUUUAAGGAGUAAAGGCAUCAUCCACCGUGACCUGAAACCCCAAAACAUUCUCCUUUCCUACAGCAUGGGUCGCAGGUCCAACCCCAACAACAUCUGCAUCAAACUGGCUGAUUUUGGCUUCGCCCGGUAUCUGCAGAGUAACACAAUGGCUGCCACCCUCUGUGGCUCUCCAAUGUAUAUGGCUCCUGAGGUCAUCAUGUCACAGAAUUACGAUGCCAAAGCUGACCUGUGGAGUGUAGGGACCAUCAUCUACCAGUGUUUGACUGGCAAAGCCCCUUUUCAGGCAAGUACUCCCCAGGAACUGCGGCAGUUCUAUGAAAGAAACCGGAGCCUGAGUCCCAAUAUUCCACGGGAAACCUCCAGUCAACUACGGCACUUGCUGCUUGGGUUGCUGCAGAGGAACCACAGGGAACGCAUGGACUUUGAUGAGUUUUUCCACCACCCCUUCCUGGAGGCCAGCACAUCUGUGAAGAAAUCCUCUCCGGUGCCCGUGCCCUCCUAUCCCAGCUCCGGUUCAGGGAGUUCCAGCAGUGGUUCCUCAGCCUCUCACCUCACUCCUACUCGGUCUGACUUUGAAACUCCGAGGUCCCUCCCCCAAACUAACACAACGGCAUCUCCAGGUUUCCUGCCGAAAGACUCAUCUUCCUCUGAGUCCGAUGACUUCGUAAUGGUGCCUGCUCAGUUCACCAGUGACUUAUCGAAUGCAGGAGGCCAGGAUAGUGUGAUACAGAGCGGAAGUUCACUACUGGGUGUCACUGCUUGUGUAGGUGGAACUCCAUUAUCCUCACCGUCUCACAAAAUCUCCCCUAGUCCUUCCAGGCGUGGGGAGUGCUGUGGCAGUAGUUACAGUCAGUCUGUUCCUGUUCCAGUGCCUACACAAAAACACAACUACCAAAGAAUGGAGCAGAACCUACAAGGGUCUGACAGGCCUGUACCUCACUGCACGAGUGAAUUUACGGCAUGUGGGAGAACCGGGGCUUCACCUGAUACAGGAAGAGGUUUGUCUCAUCGUAGACACUCCACAGGAGGAUUCAGACCAUAUCUACCCUCUCUACAGGUGGGAACAGUUCCUGAAACACUUAAUCAGCCUGAACCUACUGGCAGUAGAACCAGGUCACCCGCCACAGAUGUGUGUCAUCGGCAGGUCUCUCCUCUCUUCACUGAUCUUACAGCCAUGGAAACAACCCUGACCUACAAACACAGGAGCAAUCGACACAGUCCAGAAUCCAUUGUGCACAGAUGGGAUUUGUAUCGGCGGCCCAGUACUGGUCCAGCUCCAUGUAUGGCACCUGUUCAGCGAGGCCUGACCGCCCGAACUAAGACCCUGUCUGACCUGAAGGAGUUGACACAGAGCCCAGCAGCAGGGCCCCGUGUGCCACUUUUCAAGCAUGUGGAAAGAAGAGACGCAGUCAAAAGGUCAUUAAGUACCGGUCGUCUCUCAGAUAAGCUGCUGAAGGCUGUGUUUGGACCUCAGCUAGACAGAGGCAGCUGUGAAGGCUUAAAAUCUGAGAAACCCAUGGACACAACAGCAACCUUUUGUGGCAGUAAUGUCACAGAACAGGGGUCAGUCAGCCCUGGAGUUGUCUUCACGUUGGGCACUCCUGAAUAUGGACACACGCCUCCUCGCUCUGCUCGAACAAGACGCUUCUCAGUGGGCACUCCCAGUCCAACAAGCCCUGGCUGGACCUACAGUAACUUGCACGAGGCACAUGCCUCGCCUGACAGCCUGUGCUAUGGUUACACGGACGCCAUGGCAACAAACCUGUGUGGGGGUGUGGCUUUUGUUCCCCCUGAAUUGCCAGAGGAGACACUUAUGGAGGAGGGGCAUACAGACUUGUUGAGCCAACUGCGCUUCAUUCUAGCCUUUACCCACUGCAUCACUGAGGUCGCUGGAACAAAGGAUAGUGGGGUUGAGAGGAGUCUGACACUUGAUGCUUCAUUCUUAGAACAGAGCGUGGUGGCCGACCAGAUCAGCCAGCUGAGCCGUGAGUGGAGCUCUGCAGAGCAGCUGGUCCUCUAUAUGAAGUCUGCUGAGCUUCUGUCCUCUGCGUUACAUACAGCGAAGGACGGGAUUAAAGAAGGCAAACUUUACCCAUCAGAAUCUGUCAAACAAGUGGUACGUAAACUGAACGAGCUGUACAAGGAAUGUGUGAGCUCUUGCCGCUCUCUCACUGAGAAGCUCCAGCUUUUCUUCAGCAGCAAACAAAGACUGAUGGACCGCAUGAACAGCAUUACUGCUGAAAGACUCAUUUACAUGCACACCGUUCACAUGGUGCAGACUGCAGCACUGGAUGAAAUGUUUAAUCAUGGAGAAACAUCUGUAGAGCAAUACCAUAAGGCCUUACUACUAAUGGAGGGGCUGUCCCUAAUCAUUACAGAGACUGCAGACCUGAACAAUAUCAACAAAUGCAAGCAGUGUAUUGAGCGACGUCUAUCCUCUCUCCAGCCCAGAGCAUGUGUGUGAUCAGAUUUGGUAUGGACAUUUGUUUUGCUCUGCAAACCAUACACUCUGCGUCUCAGUUUAUCCAAGUCGCCAUUCGAAUUUCCAUAAAGGAAAAUAAUGUACUUCUUGGCUCCAAAAGUAAAACCAAAUAAAUGUGAGAAAAGUCUUUUUCAAACUAGACAGGGAUUAAAUCUUUACUGAUAUAUGUAUGAUCCUUAUUGAUUGUGUAAGAACAUAUUCAAGGACGUGAAGCAUCUGAGAAACACAACAGCUGCUGACUGAAAUAUCUAUAUUGUUUGCUUCUCACUUUAAAUAUGACAAGUCAAAAAGAAACAAGAAGAUCAUAUUCGCUCCAAAGCUGUAGUAUGUGUAAAGAUAUAAACCAUCAAUGACAUGGAUGCUUAUCAUUUAACUGUAUUAAAACAUGCUUAGAAUCUCAGUACCACUAAAUUACACGGAUUUAUCCAAUGUUUUGAUGAACUAUGCCUGCAUGAAUCUGCAUGAAAUGGAAUGAACAUUUUAUCUACUCUAUUUUAAGGGAAUACAUAAUCAUUUUAAACCUCUGUAGCCACCUCCCUCUCAAACUUUUCGUGAAACAUCAGCUGGUGGUUGACGGGUUGUAGUUUGUCGGUGAUAGACUACAGAGGUCUAAUGUGGCAGUUGACCAAAAUUGUGGCGAAUCUUUGUUGACCUGCUGAUUAAGAUUGUCUGUAUCAUAUGUUGUCAUAUGAAGGUGGAAGAAAUACUUGAGAUUUGUAAUAUAUGAACUGAACUAUCAUACUGUUAUUCAUGUUUAUGUAAAACAGUGAAGCACUUUAUAAACCUAAUUGCCUUUGGGAUUCCUGAAAGCAACCACUGAGGAGAAGACAAACCUACAAUGUAAAAGCUAAUUUCUGUCUAAUUAGCUUCUGCUGAUAAGUCAAUGGAAAUGCAAUAAGACAACAGUCAAUAUCUUGAUAUGCAGCACUUUGUAUUUAUAGUAAUCUGUUUUAGUCUUGCAUGAUAAUAUGUAUUGUACAUGUGAUGUUUUAGUUUUCAAUUUGCACCAAAAUACUGCUCAAAAGUAACAGUUUAGAGGUGAAGCUUUAAGCAUCUAGGUGUUCAUCUUUUGCAGGUGCAGAGCUUUUGCACAUUUUGCUUGUAGUGAUUUGAAAGGUUUUCUUAGCUGGAUAUGAGACUCAUACUUUUCAAUUUUACUCUGUAUGUUGCCUCACCAAGACGUCUAUCAAAAUCUUUAGGAUGACGAUAACCCUAAAGGUCUUGUUUUACCUUUCCCUCAGCUGUAACUGAUGUUAACCAUGUUUUCUUAUCAAGGUGUUUUAAGGCAUUUAGUCUGAAUUGCGUAUGGUAAAAUAAAUUUUUAUAAAUGCACAGCAAUCUUUAUGAAAUUUGUGGUGAUGUUAAAUUGAGGACAAUGAACCAUUUUGUAUAUGUUGUUACAUUAUUUAAUAUGUCUUUUCUGAUAUUUUUGUGUUUUUUAUUUUCCAUUCAGAGCAGCCAAAAAUCAAAAGCAUGUGUAUGGGUGUGAUGGAAAUAAAUGUCACACAUUUUUA